GCCAGAACGACAAAGAGAUCACAACCUUCUGCUACACCAAAGCCAGAGAGAGGAAGGACGAUUCAGCCCUGAACCAAAGGACUCUUAUAAACGCCAAGAGAUACCGCUUGGUACUUUUGAGACUGCAGAUAUUUUUGAUUCUGCUCUACUUUACAAAAAGACGACUAACAUGUCAAAGAGAGCUUUUCUCCUCUUUUUAACAGCACAGGUAAGCAUUAUUAGAUCAAUGAAUGGAUAAAUGAAGUUGCGCUUUUAAUUCAAAAUGUAUCUUAUAUGCCAGAUAUUCAAGAACUCUUUGUAUGAUAUUUAGUAAAGCCAAUAAUUUUAUAUGCAAAGAGAUAAAAACAAUCUUUCCUUCGUAAUGUAAGGAAAAUAAGAAAGCUGUAAUAAUGCAAACCUGCAUCACAAGAUCAACAGAAAACUGGUUUUAGCUAUUUCUUAAGAGAGUAUCGACAUGCACUUUAGGUAGGAGCAGAGAAAUCGAAAUAUCAGCAUAAAAAAGCAGCCUGGACACAUCCUCCAGAGCCUAACAUAUUUUUGUUGCAUGCAGAUUUGUGGGCUUUUUUAAAUUUUCCUUUGUAUAAGGAGAGAAAGUUACUGUUAAGGUUUCUGGAGUAUUGUUUGCAACACUUUGUUUCCCCCAAUUUCAUUCAAAUACUCUUUUAACACUGACCAGUACACUUCAAAGUCUAAUCGUAUAAAGAGGUCCGCGCACCAGGUGACUUUCAGCAGCAUGUAACACUGAUUUCUUUCCUUCUCUCUCAGGUGUUCACACUGGCCCUGUCCCAGGUGUGUCCUCGGAGGUGCCAGUGUCCAAAGGAGCCCCCUAUAUGUGCCCCUGGGGUGCCCCUGAUCCUGGAUGACUGUGUCUGCUGCCUGGUGUGUGCCCGUCAGAGGGGGCAGGUGUGUUCUGAGAUGAAUCCGUGUGACACACAAAGAGGUCUGCAGUGUCAGUAUGGCGCUGACAUCCACAGGAGGACUGGCAUUUGUGCCUGUGAGUGAGCAAAGAUUUUACAUUGUUUCUAUUUGACAUUAUUUUACACAUCAGCAGUUCAUGUUAAUGACAUUUUUCUGAUUUGUUUAAAACUGAAUAAAUGACUCAUCUUUAUUUUGUCCUGCAGCUCAUCAGGGAAAAGCGUGUGUUUUGGAUGGCUCUGUCUAUCAAAGUGGCCAGACUUUCUUCCCAAGCUGCAAAUACCAGUGCAUAUGCAGGGAUGGGCAGAUCGCCUGUGUGCCAAGGUGCAACGAAGAUGUUAUGCUCCCAGGGCCGGACUGCCCCAUGCCACGCAGGGUACAGGUGCCAGGAGAAUGCUGCGAGAAGUGGGUGUGUGAGCCUCAGGCUGAAGCAAGUGCACUGGGCGGCUUUGCCAUGGCAGGUACGGAGACUAGCAAAAAAGGCUGAGUUGGGAUGAAGAGUGCUAUAUUUACACAUACACACAUUAAACCGCUCAUUCCUCUUUGACGUUGAUGCCACUGCAGUGUGAGACAUAAAGUGGAAAGGUUGUGUAAAUUUGUCUGACCUGAUAGGUCCAAGGGAGAGAAACCACAGAGGGUAAAAAGAGGAGAAAACAGAUGGAGGGGUAAGAGAGGAGGAGGAAGCAUAAAGAGAAGAGACAGAGUUGUUGAUUUUAUUUUUCUGUAAUACACUUUUCAGGCUUUUUUGUCUUUAUUUAGCGAGGACAGUCAGGACAGUGAAAAGUGCAGGAAAUGGGGAAAGAGUGGGGGGUAAGAGGGCUGGAGGUGAACCUGGGCUGUCCACAGGAGUUGUGAUAUGGGAGUGGAGUCCAAGUAUUGUUGACUCGUUAAUGGGAAGCAAAAUUAUGAUGGAUCACUUCACUGUCAGUUCAGUGCAACAAAAGAUUAGUUUGCCCGAAGAGCUUUGCAAGUAUGUCCUUAGACUUUUAUUUUGAAGAUGUUUUAUAACAAAGAAAAGGAAGAGUAAAAAUCUUUCUCUUUCAAAUCAUCUGUUUCAUACACAUUCUCCUGCAUCCAGGUUUUGAAUGACAAAGUUGACACUUAUUUUUUGAUUUUGUUGUAGUUUUACAAAAUAAUUUGAUGAAUCAUUUGCUCUGUUAUGUUUCUGUAGCUUAUCGUCAGGAGGAAAGUGUCAGCUUUGACAAUUGGGACCCCAGUCUGAACUGCAUUGAGCAGACCACAGAGUGGGGCGCCUGUUCCCAAACUUGCGGCAUGGGGGUGUCCACCAGAGUCACCAAUAAGAACGGUCGGUGUGAGAUGGUGAAACAGAGCCGUCUGUGUAUGAUCCGACCCUGUGACGACCUGCAGGACCAAACUCAACUGACACAGCUGGCACCAAAGGUACCACUCAAGUUUAUUUCGGACUAUAUAAAGAAGUUCCUGUUUGUCCUUUAGUUGUUUAAUUGCCGCCAAGAGAAGAAUUACACAGUUUAUUUUAGAAUUUUUGGUUUGAUGUGAGCUCCUUAGGGUUGUGUUUUAAGUAAAUACCACACAGGAUUAUUAAACGCAUUUCUCUUUACUUCCUGCAGAGAGGCAGUAAGUGCCAGAGGAUGGUGAGGAGUGAAAAAGCAGUCCACCUCAGCCAUAAGAACUGCACCAGCAUCCAAGCCUAUAAGCCUCGCUACUGUGGCACUUGCAUAGACGGACGCUGCUGCACCCCCCAUAGGACCAAGACCGUCCUGGUGGAGUUCCAGUGUGGAAACAGUAAAGCUAGGAAGCCUGUGAUGGCAAUCCUUACCUGCGCCUGCCACAACCACUGCCCCAGAGACAACGCUGUGUGGCCACCAUCUGAGCUGGGAUACAGCGGCAUGAGGUUAUAGGCCAUGAAGUAGCUCUACUUGUGAGAUUACAGUGAACAGUUUAGUUUAAACUGAUAACUGUUUCUGUAAAUGCAUGAAAACAUGAGUUACAUUAACUCUGAAUUUGAAGAGCAUGGGGCAGUAAUAUCUACAGGCCCAUAACUCACAGCAUAUCCACAGUGAAAGUGCUCAUUGGGGUCAAACUCUUACAUGUAAUUUUAAAAAUGAGAACCCUCUUUUGAGGUUAAGAAAGUAGAGAUUCAAUAGCUCUGUGUGUCUCUCCUGGAGAGAGAUUUUAUUGUGUAACUUCCUGUGGACCAAAAAGUGUCAUUUAUGGCAUAGUUAGGUAGAAUUACGGCACUUAAAAACAUUUAUCAUAGAAAGUUGUCACAGGUGAUUACACCUUUGAGACUGGAUGAUUUUAUCAUCGGCCAAUCAGCUGUUAUUAUGAGAAGAAAUGCUUUAACAAUGUAACAAUGCCAUGCAGGAAACUUCAUGAACAUCCUGCUGCAGCACCAGGACACUAAAGCAACUUAAUCCGAAGAAAAUUAAAACAAGGAUAAUAAUUAACCCCUUUUUUCACAUUGAAAUGAAAGGAGUAUUUCUACGAGUUAUUACCUUUCACUGGGGCUGCUGUGGAAAGUUUUCAACUAUGGGAUGCGUUCCUGAAAUAGCUAGACUAUGUACUCUGACCCGGUCCAAACAAAAGGCUCAGCUGAUGAAAGAGAGGUCAUUGUGGUGACUAAGUGUCAUUUCUAACAUCUGCCUGACAGCUUAUCCCUGUUGUGAAAUUCAUAUCAUCUGUUACAAGCAAUAAGUGUAAGUCUUUUAGUUCAAAAGUAGUGCAAAUCAACAGAAACCUUCAUGGUGACAAAAGUUUUGUAAAUGCUUGCUGUAUAUUUCGACUGUGUAUCAAAUACACAACUUUUGAUCAGCAUUAAUGUAAACAUGAAUCUGUAUAUAUUGGAACGUGGUAUGACUUUGCUUACUACUUGAAAUAAAUUUCAAACUGCUUGUUCCUA